CUGCAAUAGCAUGAGCAAACGAAAAAAAGAAGCGGAGGGACUAUCAGAUAGAUGGAAGGGGAGGGACGGCUGGGAGAGAGACAGAAGCUUGGUUGCUGAACACACCUCAGUCCCUGAUGAGAGAGAGGGAGAGAAGCGGAGAGACUCAGCCUGUGCCGAUUCAUCCAGAGCGCCACAGAUAGACAGAGAGCAAGGUUUAGAGAAAGAGGGAGAGAGAGAGAGAGAGAGAGAGAGAGAGAGAGAGAGAGAGAGAGAGAGAGAGAGAGAGAGAGAAAGCCAGGAAGGUGGCCUUUCAGGAAUCGUAAGAAAACCGCUAAUGUGUCACAGGAAGGAAGAGGAGGACACAUCGGCGACAUCAGGGACACAACUCACUGCAACGGAAGAUUGCGAUGGGUUUACUGGCUCGCAAGGCAAGAAUGAACAGAGAGAUGUAGUUAACCCUUCCCUUUAAGCUGGGCUGCUGAACACGCAGUGAGCCACGACACUCCGCGUCGCAUGUCCUACCAGUAGACACCAUGUGAGAUCCGCUGUCGGACAACAAAAGCCAAUCAACGGCCUCCUCCACACUGCUGUUGUCUGGCAAUCAGUCAGACCUUUGUAUCAAAUUCAAAAGGACUUCAAGCUACGGGCCCACUGAAGACACUCUCAGUAUUUGCAUCUUGUAUCUACAAUCUCUGUACAAAUCGGAGUAACACCUUUGUAAUGUAUUUUCUUAUCUGUUCUCAUUUGGGCUAAUAUUGCUCUUGCAACCCUUCAAGGUUCCCCGACAAAGAAAUCAGUCGCGGUCCAUUAAGCUGCCCAAUACGGUGAAUGUGUACAUUUCUCUCACCCAGACCGUUUUGUAAUGAGAAACUUGUGAACCAGCUCCAUUCCAUUACCUCACCUGGAUCACUCAUGUCACACGUGAAGAUUAUGAGGCCGACUUCAGUGCUAGUCCAGUUACAGUGGUUGCUGUGUGCGUAUGUCGGUACGUGUGUGUCCAGCGUCGCCGUGAUUCAUUCGCUACCAUGGCACGUCUCCUGCCCGGCGCGCUGCGUGUGUCAGAUCAAGCCGUGGUUCUCCGCCGAAUCUGUUUAUCACAAAGCUCCCACUGUGGACUGCAAUGACCUGCUCCUGACAGAGCUCCCCUCGCCCCUACCCCACGACACCCACACCCUGCGUCUGCAGAGCAACCUCCUCUCUGGCCUGCCGAGCGACGAGCUCCCCGGCCUCCCGAACCUCACCGAGCUGGACCUGUCCCAGAACCGCUUCGGCGGCGUCCCGUCAUGGAGUCCACGUCCCGGGCUGCACUCGCUGCUCUCCCUGCAUAUGGAGGAGAACCAGCUGGCUCUCCUUCCCCAGGCCUCCUUCUCCUCCUAUCCGGUGCUACAGGAGCUCUUCCUGAGCCACAACCGCUUGCAUUCACUGGCGGCCGGAGCGUUCGCUGGCUUGGAGUCUCUGCUGCGCCUGCAUAUGAACAACAACCGACUCACCACCGUCGACCCUGAGUGGUUCAAGCCCCUGCCCCGCCUUGAGGUGCUGAUGCUGGGAGGGAACCCCGUUGAGGUGCUCCCGGAGCAGGCCUUCCAGGCGCUCAGGUCCCUCCGUAGUCUAAUGCUCGGAGGCAUGGGUCUGAGGGUCCUGAAGGAACGAGCUCUGGAUGGUUUGGACAGCCUGGAGUGCCUCUCCUUCUAUGACAACCUGCUGACCAAGGUUCCUACCCAAGCCCUGAGACGAGUCCCAGGCCUUAAGUUCCUGGACCUCAACAAGAACCGCAUCAGGUUGGUGGAGACGGGGGGCUUUCGAGACAUGAUCCACCUGAAGGAGCUGGGUCUGAACAACAUGGAGGACCUGGUGUCCAUAGAGAGAGCCGCCCUGGAAAACCUCCCCGAGCUCACCAAGCUGGAGAUCACCAACAACCCCCGCCUGUCCUUCAUCCACCCCCACGCCUUCCUGCACCUGAGCCGUCUGGAGAGCCUCAUGCUGAACUCCAACUCGCUCAGCGCCCUGCACCACCACACCCUCCUCUCCCUGCCCGGCCUGCAGGAGCUCAGCCUGCACUCCAACCCGCUGCGCUGCGACUGCCUGUUCCGCUGGGCGGCCGACGGAGCCCUCCACCGGCACGCCCACCACGACGCCCGUCCGCCCGAGGCCGCGGCUCACGCCCAGGCGGCCGGGGCGGGGAGCAGCGGCCCUCGGACGGUGCGCUUCAUCCAACCGCAGGCCACGCUGUGCUCCGAGCCGCCGGAGCUCAGGGCCCGCAGGGUGAAGGAAGUGUCCAGCCGGGAGAUGUCCGCCUCCUGCCUGCCCCUGAUCCCGGCCGGCCCCCUGCCGGCGUACGUCGGCGUGAGAGAAGGAACCAGCCUGGCCUUGCACUGCCGAGCCCUGGCAGAGCCCCAGCCUAAGGUCUACUGGGUGACGCCCUCCGGGGUGAGGAUAGGACCGGCGUCCGGCCUCGCUCAUUCCCAAGGCCCGCCCGCCGCCGAAACACCCGGCCACAGCCUUUCCCCGGACACGCCUCGAGCCCACGCUGCACGCAACCACUCCACUCACUACAGGCUCCUCCCCGAGGGCACCCUGGAGAUCACCGGCGUGACGCCCAAAGACGCCGGCCUGUUCACGUGCGUGGCGGAGAACGCGCUGGGCGCCGACACGCGCAGCGUCACAGUGGUGGUGCACUGCAUCGUCAGGAGGAGACCCCGGCAGAAGCAGCUGCCCGCCAACCUGAGGCGACACCCACACGAGGCGGCGGGGGCCGGCUUGCAGGCGCGAGAGGUCGGACAGCACCACAUGGUUCUGUCCUGGACGAACGGACACAACCGGCCCAUGACGCGUCUAUUCUGGCGCGCGAUCAACCCCGACGCGGCGCCCGUGCCCACCUACACCACGCGCAUCCUCGCCGGCACGCAGAGCUUCAACCUGACCCACCUGGUGCCAAAGACCCUGUACCGCGUGUGCCUCCACCUGGGGGCCGGCCCGGCCAGCGAGCACGAGCGGCGGACAGAGAGAGGGAGCGGCCGACCCCAGUGUGUCACCGUCAAGACCGAGGAGGCUCCACCGAGCCAACAAAUGCUCCCGCUGGGGCCCGAGCUCAGCUCCACAGUGCUGGUGCUGUUGUUCCUGGUUGUGAUUCUGCUGAUAGUGGCCAGCCAGGGCCUGGAUCGGAGGUCCGCGGAGCGGCGGGAGCAGUGCCACGUCGACCUCCUGCAGGAGGUCAAGGACCACGGUCCGCCGGAUCAAACUCCAGGGGAUGUGAGUCACCCGGGAGCGCGGGAAGAGAAGGCGCCAUUCCGCCACGACUGCUAAGGUUAUAGUCAUGAGCAGUAUAUGUGCACGGAGAGCCCGUACUAGCACCCGUCACACACUGUAUAUAUGCACACAUAAAAACAAAACCAUCUCCAGCCAAUUGGUUAUAGUCAUACAUAGCCUCCAUGGUGCAGGAAGAUAUUUGUAUUUAUUUUAUAUACACUAUAUGAUAUAUAUAUAUAUAUAUAUAUAUAUAUAUAUAUAUAUAUAUAUACAUAUACAUACAUUGACAUUGUUUUGUGUUGUUGUAUAUAAAUAAACCUUAACUAUAGUACCAGCCAACAAGGGAGUCAAAAAAAAAUGGACAAUCAAAAUGGAAAGUUUUCUUUCCAACGCCCACCACAAGAUGGGAAGUGAACAGAGAAGAGAGAAAGGGUCAGAGGUUCAUGUGACUCACUGGACCAAGAUUGUGGAAGAUAUCUCCCUCUCAAACGAUGACCAGACAUUUACACUAUUGUGGACAAAUGGUGCAGAGCUUUGAGUACCCCCCUCCCCCAGCCUCCCCCACACAGCUUAUGUCAUCCAGAGUAAGCACCUUUGUUUGUUUAUUUAGUAUUCGGUGUCAAAUUGAUUGAUGUGGUAACUGUUUCUGCUUAGCUUUCAAUGGCUUUUGUCUGGGUUCUCGUUAUUCAAGUGGAUCAACUCUAUUCGAUCUCCUGCCUAUAACAUCAUUAUCUUAAAAAAAUAAGUGGUCUAUUCUAGAUGACUGUGUUAAAAUCUAUUUUGAGCUAUUUGCAUAUUAAAAAUCUUUUUAAUUUACGUCAAAUUAUUUUUGCCAUUUUUUGUUGAUUUUUAGAAUAAAUCGACACCCAAGCCAAUACACACUCACACACAUGUUUGUAUAUCUAUAACAACGAUACAUAACAAGGUUUUCUGUUUUGUGUAUGCUUGUGAAACUUGCAAUCUGAAAAACUUCUUGUUGUUCUAUGAACAAAAAAUGCAAUUCAAAUAUUAAGUUAGACUUUGUAUUUAUUCACACAUACAUGUUUCAAUGAAGUAACACACUAUAUAUACAGGUAUCCAAUUAUGAAAAACAUAUUUAGAUUGAAUGUUGUUAUUUUGUACUGUACAACACGUCAUUUGUAACUAGCACUAGCAAGUAGCUAUAAGUGGUUUAGCGGGUCAAGCAAGAUGCUCAGACCUCCAAGUGUCCAGAGUUAGUACAUCCAGCGCAACAACAAACGUUUGUUGGUGGUUACUGAUGAAUUAUAGCUGUUGCUGUACACUAUUCUGAUAGCAGCUUCAACAUUUGAGGAGCAAAAUAAAAUACAAAAGAUAAAAAUAAAAUACAAAAUACAUCACCACCUGCCACAUGAAAUCAUACACUUUUCAAAGAGAACUCACUAGCGCUGCCACAGGAUCAGCAGUAAAAGGCAUUAUUUACUUCAUUUUUUUGUUACCUGGAAAAGGUCAACCGGUCAUAUUAGUAUUGAAACACGUGACAUUCAUGAUUUUACUUUUUUCAACAAAUAAUAAAUGCCAAUACAUAUAAACUGUCCCCAUGAGACGACAUGUCUGCCGUUACUGAGGCCGUACCGAGGGUUGACUAAAUAGACCAGUGUGACUACGUCAUUAUCAAUUUUGUUUCACAGCCGGCAAAGUUACACAAUAGUUUAUAAAAAUAUAUUUAUAUUCUGCAUUUGAAAUGACAAUAUCCACUCGCAAUGAAUACCCAUAGAAGAUAAAAGUGACACAAAUACAACACGAAAAAUAUGCAAUAAACAUAUUGAAAUUAUAAAAAUCAAAUGAAAUAUAGUUUUACGUUUUUACGCACACCAUCAAGACUGCUUGAAAUGCAAAAAUGCGAGCUGUUUCAUGUUUAUGAAACACAUUUCCGACAUUUUACUUGCAGCACUUGUACUAAGGCAAAGCUGGGGAAAUGGUCUUCGUUGAUAUGAACUUUAAAAAAAAGAUGAUAAUUAAAGAGGCCUGAA